GCUCUGGUUCCCCAGCAGAAGGUUCACUAUCUGAAGGCUGGACAUCUGAAGGCUGGACAUCUGAAGGCUCGACGGCUGAAGGCUGGACGGCUGAAGGCUCGACGACUGAAGGCUGGACAGCUGAAGGCUCGACGACUGAAGGCUCGACGGCUGAAGGCUGGACGGCUGAAGGCUCGACGACUGAAGGCUCGACGGCUGAAGGCUGGACAGCUGAAGGCUCGACGACUGAAGGCUCGACAAAUGAAGGCUCGACAGCUGAAGGCUCGCCAGCUGAAGGCUCGACAUCUGAAGGCUCGACAAAUGAAGGCUCGACGGCUGAAGGCUCGCCAGCUGGAGACUCGACAUCUGAAGGCUCGACAAAUGAAGGCUCGACGACUGAAGGCUGGACAGCUGAAGGCUCGACAGCUGAAGGCUGGACGGCUGAAGGCUCGACGACUGAAGGCUGGACAGCUGAAGGCUCGACAGCUGGAGACUCGACAUCUGAAGGCUCGACAAAUGAAGGCUCGACAGCUGAAGGCUCGCCAGCUGGAGACUCGACAUCUGAAGGCUCGACAAAUGAAGGCUCGACAAAUGAAGGCUCGCCAGCUGGAGACUCGACAUCUGAAGGCUCGACAAAUGAAGGCUCGACAGCUAAAGGCUCACCAGCUGGAGACUCGACAUCUGAAGGCUCGACAAAUGAAGGCUUGCCAGCUGAAGGCUCACCAGGUGGAGACUCUGGCUUGCUAG